UGACUGUUUUGGUCUUCUACUCUUUGUAGAGAGGAAUUUUCGUUUCUUCUCUCUACCCUCUCUCUUUCCUAUAUAACCAGACCAGAAACUGAAAAAGAGCUGAUUUCGGGAGUCCUCCAACGUUCGAUUAACUAAAGCUACAGUUAGUUAAUCACAAUUUUCUUUCGUUGCAAAAACCCUCCCUUUUUUUCUUCUGUUUCGAUUUUAUUUUCCCUUUUAUUCCUCCGUCUCUUUCCGAUUGAAAAGCUUGAAAUCCACCGUUUCACACGUGCUUACCUCUUUCUCUUCUUGGGUUUUGGUGAAAUUUAAUUCUCAAAAAAAUCUGGGUAAGUCAAUUCGGGUUCUUGCAAAUCUUUCUCAUUUCCUUUUUGGGUAAUUCUCAGAUCUCGAUUUCAGCACCUGGGUCGCCCUGAAUUUCGAUCGAAUCCCUUGUUUUCCGCUCCGAAUUCCUCGCAAUGUCGCAACAACAAGAACAAGGGUACGCCAUCGAGCUCUACUUCGAUCCCGCCCUAGAAAACCAGGUCCUGAAAUCUUGGAACGUGUUGGCCCGCCGCCAAAUCAGCACCCAGCUCAUCGAAAUCGAAUCCCGCCCACACAUAACCCUCUUCUCGACCCCUUCGAUCGACCCCGGAAAGCUCGAGAAUCUUCUCAGAACCUUCGCCUCCAGGCAAGAAUCUUUACCCCUCUCUUUCUCCUCCAUCGGCUCCCUCUCCAACGACAACAAUGUCCUCUUCCUCGCCCCGACGCCGUCAAUGUCGCUGCUCCAAUUCCACUCCCAAUUGUGCGACGCCUUGAGGAAGGAAGGCGUCGAAAUCGGAGACGAUUACCGCCCCGAUUCGUGGGUCCCUUAUUGCGCCGUCGCUCAGGAAGUGCCCAAGUCUCGCAUGGCGGAGGCUUUUUGCGUUUUGAGAGACUUGAAGUUGCCGGUUGCUGGGUACGCCAUGGAUAUUGGGUUGGUCGAGUUUUCGCCGGUUCGAGAACUCUUCUCUUUUGUGCUCGGUAACACUGUAGAAGCUUGAGCUUGUUACGUGGCCAAAAAUCUUAUUAGAAAUUUGUUUCUUUUGUUAUGCCCUGCCUUUACUUUGUUUCUGUAAUUACUAUUGAUGGUGCUAUUUUUAGCAUAGUAACAUAAUAUUAUUUGCAUUUCAUGUCUAAAACAUGAUUCUUUUUCCCGUC